GUCAAGGUUGGGUAAAGCGUGCCGCUUUUUAUCGAAAAAGCUUAUAGGUUAGGAUAUCACCGACUCGUUGUUUAUAACAACGAGAGGGAUAAUGUAUUCAAUUUGUAAAACCACUCAUCCCGCGACGGGAGUGGAGCAUGCGAUAACUUGCAAUUUUUUUAAUCGCGCUGAGAAAUGUCUUGUUGUCGCGGGUACAAAUAUUAUUCGUGUUUUUCGCUUGAUCCCCGAUAUAGAUCCAACAAAAAAAGAAAAAUUCACAGACUUACGCCCUCCAAAAAUGAGACUUGAAUGUCUUGCGCAGUAUACUUUGCAUGGAAAUAUUAUGUCAAUGCAAGCUGUACAACUAAUUGGUUCACCUAGAGAUUCACUUCUUCUAAGUUUUAGAGAAGCGAAACUAUCUGUUGUUGAAUAUGAUCCAGAAAUUCAUAAUCUUAGAACAGUUUCGUUACAUUAUUUUGAAGAGGAAGAAAUCAAAGAUGGCUGGACCAAUCAUCAUCAUGUGCCUAUAGUUCGAGUCGAUCCUGAAGGAAGAUGUGCAGUCAUGUUAAUUUAUGGUAGAAAAUUAGUAGUAUUACCUUUUCGUAAAGAUCCAAUUUUAGAUGAAGGUGAUUUAAUAGAAAAUUCCAAAUCUUCAUCCAGUAAAACACCAAUAUUAUCAUCAUAUAUGAUUGUAUUGAAAACUUUAGAGGAAAAAAUGGAUAAUAUAAUUGACUUGCAAUUUUUGCAUGGGUAUUACGAACCAACUCUGUUAAUUCUCUAUGAACCAGUAAGAACAUUUGCAGGACGAAUAGCAGUACGACAAGAUACUUGUGCAAUGGUUGCAAUAUCCUUAAAUAUUCAACAGAAAGUACAUCCAAUUAUUUGGUCUGUAUCCAAUUUACCAUUUGAUUGUUAUCAGGCUGUACCAGUGAAAAAACCCCUCGGAGGAACGCUAAUAAUGGCCAUAAAUUCCUUAAUCUAUUUAAAUCAAAGUAUCCCACCUUAUGGAGUAUCAUUGAAUAGCUUAUCUGAAACAUGUACAAAUUUUCCUCUAAAAUCUCAGGAAGGUGUUAAGAUAAGCUUAGAAAGUUCUCAAGUAGCAUUUAUUUCAUCCGAUCGCUUAGUAAUAUCUUUAAAAACUGGAGAACUUUAUGUAUUAUCGCUUUUUGCGGAUAGUAUGCGAUCUGUUCGAGGUUUUCAUUUUGACAAAGCUGCUGCUAGUGUAUUAACUUCUUGUGUUUGUAUGUGUGAAGAUAAUUAUUUAUUUCUUGGAUCUCGUCUUGGUAAUUCAUUGUUAUUAAGAUUUACUGAAAAGGAAUCGGAGAAAAUAAGCGAUGUUACCGUUCUAGAAAUGACUUUAAACAGUAAUAGCGAAGAACCACCAGCUAAAAAAGUAAAACAGGACUAUUUAGAAGAUUGGAUGGCAUCGGAUGUAUUAGACAUUAAGGAUCCUGAAGAAUUAGAAGUUUAUGGCAGUGAAACGCAAACUUCUAUUCAAAUUACAUCUUAUAUUUUUGAAGUAUGCGAUAGUUUAUUAAAUAUCGGACCGUGCGGCAAUAUUUCUAUGGGUGAGCCUGCGUUUUUGUCAGAAGAAUUUUUACAUAGUUCAGAUCCAGAUGUGGAAUUAGUCACAACUUCCGGUUAUGGUAAAAAUGGAGCACUUUGUGUUCUUCAGCGAUCAAUCAGACCUCAGGUCAUAACAACGUUUGAUUUGCCAGGCUAUGAAAAUAUUUGGACUGUUAUAGACUCAACAAUUAGUGACAAUCGAGGAAAAACGGAAACUGAAGGAACGCAUGGAUUUUUAAUUUUAACACAGGAUGAUUCUACAAUGAUACUUCAAACUGGACAAGAAAUUAAUGAAGUUGUUGAUCAAAGUGGUUUUAGUACUCAAGGUACAACGAUAUUUGCCGGAAAUCUUGGCUCAAAUCGUUAUAUUAUUCAAGUUACACAAAUGGGAGUAAGGCUACUGCAGGGUUUAGAACAAAUUCAACAUAUGCCAAUGGAUUUGGGAUGUCCAAUUGUGCAUGCUAGCUGUGCAGAUCCAUACGUCACUUUACUCUCUGAAGAUGGACAAGUCAUACUUUUAACAUUAAGAGAAGGAAGAGGAAUGGCACGAUUACAUGCGCAAGCUGUAAACUUAUUAUUUCGUCCCCAAAUAGAAGCAGUAUGUACUUAUAGAGAUGUCAGUGGCUUAUUUACAACAGUUUUACCCGAAGAUGUUGAUGAUGAAAUAUUUGAUAAUGAAAAUGCAGAUGAACCACAAGUGAUUGAGAGCCUUGAUAACGAAGACGAUUUGUUAUACGGUGAUGCACCAACAUUUCAAAUGCCAGCUCCUCCUAUAAUAAAGCCUCAAGAAAGUUCUACAAAGAAACCUCCAUGGUGGCAACAGUAUUUACAAGAAAUAAAACCAUCGUAUUGGUUAUUUGUUUAUAGAGAUAGUGGAACUUUAGAAGUAUAUUCAUUACCAGAAUUGCGUUUGUCUUACUUAAUAAGAAAUUUCGGUUUUGGGCAAAAUAUAUUACACGACAGCAUGGAAUUUACAACCGUGCAGGGCUCACAAUCUAAUGAAUCGGUCAACUCUGAAGUACAGGUUCGCGAAAUUGCUGUAGUUGCUUUAGGGCAUCAUGGAAAUCGACCAAUGCUGUUAGUACGAUUAGAUAGUGAAUUACAAAUUUAUCAAGUAUACAGAUAUCCAAAAGGUUAUUUAAAACUGCGUUUCAAAAAAAUAGAUCACAAUUUUAUCGUUGGAUUUGCAAGAAUUGGACCAAAAGAAGAAGAUCUACCGAUCAUGAACGAUACACGAUUAUGUAUGAUUCGAUAUUUUAGCAAUAUUGCCGGUUAUAAUGGAGUAUUCAUUGGUGGUGAUUAUCCUCACUGGUUAUUUUUAACUGGUAGAGGUGAAUUGCGAGCCCAUCCAAUGAAUAUCGAUGGACCGGUAAAAUCAUUCGCGCCAUUUAAUAAUGUCAACUGUCCGCAAGGUUUCUUAUAUUUUAAUCGAAAGGAUGAAUUGAGGAUUUGCGUUUUACCUACUCAUCUCUCUUAUGAUGCUCCUUGGCCGGUUAGAAAAGUACCUUUACGCUGUACACCACAUUUUGUAACAUAUCAUCUUGAAAGUAAAACUUAUUGUGUAGUAACAAGUAUAUCUGAAACACUUAAAAGUUAUUAUAGGUUUAAUGGGGAAGACAAAGAAUUUACAGAAGAAGAAAGAAACGAAAGAUUUUUAUACCCAAGUCAAGAGCAGUUUAGCAUAGUGUUAUUUUCUCCAGUUUCUUGGGAUACCAUUCCAAAUACAAAAAUUGAUUUAGAUCAGUGGGAACAUGUUACGUGUUUAAAGAACGUUUCUUUGGCAUACGAAGGGACGAGAUCAGGUCUGAAAGGAUAUAUCGUUAUUGGAACAAAUUAUAAUUAUGGAGAAGACAUAACGAGCAGAGGCAGAAUAUUUAUAUUUGACAUCAUAGAAGUUGUGCCUGAACCGGGACAACCACUAACUAAAAAUCGAUUUAAACAAAUUUAUGCAAAAGAACAAAAGGGGCCUGUAACUGCUAUAACUCAAGUAUCUGGUUUUUUAGUUUCGGCUAUUGGUCAAAAGAUUUAUAUUUGGCAAUUAAAAGAUAAUGAUUUGGUGGGAGUAGCAUUUAUAGAUACUCAAAUUUAUGUGUGUCAGAUGCUCAGUAUUAAAAGUCUGAUUCUUGUUGCUGAUGUUUAUAAGUCUGUAAGCUUACUAAGAUUUCAGCAAGAAUACAAAACCCUUUCUCUCGUUAGUCGGGAUUUCAGAACUACAGAGAUUUAUGCGAUCGAGUAUUUUAUUCAAAACAAUGAAUUGGGUUUCAUUGUAGCCGAUGGUGAAAGUAACAUUGGAAUAUUUUCAUAUCAACCUGAAUCGUCGCAAAGUCUUGGGGGACAAAAGUUAAUUAGAAAAUCAGAUAUACACUUAGGACAAAAAUUAAACACAUUUUUUAGAAUAAAGUGCAAAACAACUGAUUCGGCUAAUCCGGGUAAACAGUUUUCUGGUGCUGAGAAAAGACACGUAACAAUGUAUGCAACACUAGACGGUAGCCUUGGUUAUAUUCUUCCAGUACCUGAAAAGACAUACCGACGAUUACUUAUGUUACAAAAUGUGCUAGUUAGUCAUAUUUAUCAUAUAGCAGGUUUAAAUCCUAAAGCCUUCAGAACUUACAGUAGUUCUAUUAGGAUGCAGGGUAAUCCAGCACGAGGAAUAAUUGAUGGGGAUCUAGUAAGAAAAUAUCUUGACUUACCUGUAAAUGAAAAGAUUGAAAUAGCCAAAAAAAUUGGAACUGGAUCACAAGAAAUUAUCGAUGACAUGCAUGAGAUUUAUAAGCAAACGUCGCAUUUUUAAGGAAAUUUACAUACAACGACGUUUUAUUUUGUAUAUAGU